GCUGUGAUUUUUUUGUAACUCUCACAAAGACGCAUGAGCGCGUAGAGCCCGUGUGUGUGUGUGUUCCGGUGGAGUAUUCAAAGGAGUUGAAGCAGUGUGAAACACACCAGCCAUGGACAUACGACCCAAUCAUACGAUCUACAUAAAUAAUGUAAACGACAAAAUAAAAAAAGAAGAGCUGAAGAGGGCGCUCUACCUGCUGUUUUCCCAGUUCGGCCAGGUCCUGGACAUCGUGGCCCUGAAGACGAUGAAGAUGAGGGGCCAGGCCUUCGUGGUCUUCAAGGAGCUUGCCGCUGCCACCAACGCACUGCGGCAGCUACAGGGGUUCCCCUUCUACAACAAGCCCAUGCGUAUUCAGUAUGCCAAGACGGACUCAGAGGUCAUCUCCAAGAUGCGUGGCACGUACGGUGACAAGGAGAAGAAGAAGAAGGAGAAGAGGAAGGCCCAAGAGCAGGCAACCAAUAAGAAACCGGCAGGGGGUGCAUCACAACCUCCUCCUCCAGCCACACAGGUUCCUGAUAACCCUCCAAACUACAUCCUGUUCCUUAACAACCUCCCAGAAGAAACCAACGAGAUGAUGCUCUCCAUGCUCUUCAACCAGUUCCCCGGCUUCAAAGAGGUGCGUCUCGUCCCCGGCAAGCACGACAUCGCCUUCGUGGAGUUCGAGAACGAGGGCCAGGCAGGCGUCGCCAAGGACGCGCUACAGGGCUUCCGAAUCACCGCCACCUGCGCCAUGAAGAUCACAUACGCCAAGAAAUGACCUCUAUGACCUUGACCUCUUGACCUUGUUCAUGCUCGAUAAAAUCGUGAGCAUGGGGCUACUGCCAUUAAGAAGGUUUAGUAACUUACUCUGAACACGGAGAAGGUGGUCAAGCACCUAAUUCUAUAGCCCUCUGACCUUUUUUUAUUAGAGAAUAAAGGCACAGGGCUCCACUAUUAGUAGGUUUAUUACUUAUUCCGAGUUCACUUGUUUAGUAACUGAACCAUCUUAUUGGAACAUCCUCCAGGAAUAUGGACAUUCUUUAUGACUCGUGCGAUGGCUGUAACAUGGUUGUUGUCUCGCAUUUAUUUGUUGAUUUGUCUGUGACCUUUUUCUUUCUUUGUUCUUUUUUUUUAAUCGUUUGUUUUUUGUUUUUAAAAGUCAAAUGACUGCUCGUGAAGAUUAUGGAUUUCCUGUUUUGUGAGGACGUUAUCAUAGCAGCCAGUGGCAGCCACUGUUUUAUUUUGUAAAAUAAAGGACUUUUUCUAAUACGG